UGUUGCACAAAUUCGUUUCUAUUCGAUGUGAGAUCCCUACAUUUCAUGACAACACGUUCGAACGAUAGAUAGACUUCUAGUUACGGAGUUAUGGCCAUCAUUUGCCAGCGAUAUCAUUGAAAGUAGGCUACAGAGGUUCUUCUGUGAUCCAGGUAAACAUAAGUUUAAUGGACACGCACGUAAAACGAGGAGAAGUGUACUUACAGCACCAGAAACAUGACGAGAAGUGGAGGAGGAUGUGGCUGGUGCUGUACCCCUCCAGCCGGCGGGGUGUGGCCCGACUGGAGAUGUCGGACGCGGACAGUGGUGGCGAUAAGCUGUUGGUGGUGGUGCGCUCCAGGCACCCAGAGCGGCGCGUGGUGCGGCUGGCAGACUGUGUGAGCGUGGUACAGCUGCCCCCCCAUGCCGAGGCAUGUCCCGGAGACAACAUGGCUGCCUUCUGUGUGGAGACAUUGGAGCGCCGGCUGGUGUUUGCCACUGAGAGGGACAGCUGUGCUGACUGGGUGGAGAGGAUGUGCCAAAUCGCCUUCCCGAUGGACACUGGAAAUGGAGAUGUCCAAAAGCAGAAACUUCAGAUGGAAGAGAAUCAAAUAUACGUUUCCAGAAAUGAGAUACCUGAGUUCAGAGUGAACGUCCAGACAACUGAGGCAUCUACUCGCUGUGGCCUAAAGGGGGCGUACUGGCUCCAGGCUGGUGCAGAGUGUCUGCUGCUCAAGGAUCUGGAGAGCCACAGGACAGUGCUGGAGUGGCCCUAUAACCUGCUGCGCCGUUACGGUAGAGACAAGCUGGUCUUCUUAAUAGAAGCUGGCCGACGCUGUGAGUCCGGUCCUGGAGCGUUCACCUUUGAGACCCAGCAGGGAGAUGAUAUCUUCAGCCGCAUUGAGACAGCAGUGCAGGAGCAGAGCUCCAGUGCUUUGGCAGGAGUCAAACGUAGGCCCAACUCACCCCUACCCAGCAUACCCAACAGCGCCGCCCUGGCUGGGGUGUCAAGUGACUCCAGCUCCAGGGUCGUUUCAGAUUUAAUUAACAGUGUUGGUGCGGGUAAGCCAAUUUAUACAGAUCCAGCCAGCGUGAUCAGCUUCUCCAAGCCCAUGUUGUCAAAUGUCUUAGACCCCCCUGACUCACCUGAGAUAGUGUAUGCUGAGCCAAUGGAUGCCAUCAGAACUCCUUACCGCAUGAGAGCAGACCAACCCUCCGCCCCACCUCCCACCAUUGGCCUCAGCGAGAGUUCUGAGCCGGUGUACUCCAGCCCUGUGAACUGUGUGUGCCCGCGCCUGGACCCUGAUCGCUGUGAUGACGCUGAGCCAGUGUACUCUGAGGUUUACAGUGAGAUGCCUGACAUUGCAUUACCACUCCACAGCCAGCAGGAGGCAGUGUACAGCGAGCCACACAGGGCUGCAAACCCAGAAACAGAUCUGUCACAAAGUGAUGUCAGAGGCGGAGUGACAGAGGACAAGCCAAUGGAUGACCCUUCGGCCUUGUACAGCAAAGUCAAUAAACCCCCCAAACUGCCCAAGAACCUUAGUACCCAGAUUAACAAACCACCCAAACUCUCCCAAACCAGACAUAGACUACCCCACCAUGGACAAUCUACUCCAGAUGUUGUCUGCGAGGACCUGGGGGUUAUUUGAAAUCAUAUUAGCUUUUCAGCCAAAUCUAAUACACCUGAUGAUGACCCAUGCCUUUCAACAUUUCACCUGUCCUUAAUAAGUGUGUGGACCAUUUCAAACAUGUGUGGGGCACUUGCUAUGCAGAAAAUACUAUUUACAUUGUUGACAAAACCAGUGCACAUGAAACACAUUGGGCUCAUACUAUUGCACACAGUGUUAGAUAGCACAGUAGCCCAAAUUAUUCUCUGACAUAAUACAUACAAAAUUGCUCCUUAACCCUUAAGAACGUAGCAAUUUUGUAUGUAUUAUGUCAGAGAAUCAUGUGACAGGAAAUUACAGUAUGUCAUAGAGAAAGACCCUUCAAGACCCCAACUGCUAUGAGUCAAGGUUAGCAACUCUCUUAAAGUAACAUAAUAGUGUUUUUAGGUCAUGGCCAGGCAAGCUUAGGUUACAUGUCAAAUUGUAUGACCUUUUAAAAAUGUUGAUAAAUCAUAAUAAUCAUAAAAUAUUCAAUUUAAUGUAAAAACUGUG